AUGAAGUGCAUCACGGUGUCCGAAUUACCGAUAACGCGCUUGUUUCCGCGGCCACACUAUCGAACCGCUACAUACAUCACCGAUCGUUUCCUACCCGACAAAGCCAUCGAUCUAGUCGAUGAGGCUGCUUCGGCAUUGAGGCUUCAGCAAGAGUCACGUCUCGACGAAAUUCAGGAACUUGAUCGUGCAAUUUUGACACUGAGAAUUGAGCUUGAGUCGCUUCGGAAGGAGGAGGAUGUGGCCUCUAAGGAGCGAAGGAAUAAGCUUGAAGCAAUUUUGAAAGAAAAGAAGGCAAUGGUCGAGGGACUCACGAAGGUUUGGGAAGAAGAGAAGGCCGGGCUCCAGGCGAUAAAAAAUACAAAGGGGGAGUUAGAGCACGCCAGGGUUGAACUUGAGAUAUGUCGAAGAGAAGCCAACUUCGAGAAAGCUUCUAUGCUACAAUACGCGAGGGUUCUCGAACCAGAGGCCAAGCUUCCCAAGGAUGGCGAAGCGAGUGAGGGCUCACUUAUACAUGAUUCGGUGGGCCUAGACGAUAUUUCUCAUGUUGUUUCUAAAGCCACGGGCAUUCCUACCACCAACCUUAUGUCUGGGGAAGCUGAGAAACUAGUGCAUCUCCAGGACGCUCUUCGCCAGUCCGUUCGUGGACAGGACGACGCCCUCAAGGCGGUUGCUGAUGCCGUCAGGCUUCAGCGCGCUGGAUUAGCUAUGGAUCAUCGCCCCACCGCCAGUUUCAUGUUUUUAGGCCCCACGGGUGUUGGAAAGACAGAAUUAUGCAAAGCGUUGGUGACAACCUUAUUCUCGAGCUAGACCGUAGUUAUCCGAUUCGAUAUGAGCGAGUUUCAGGAAAAACACACCGUCAGUCGGUUGAUUGGAAGCCCAGCUGGUUAUAUCGGCUACGAAGAUGCGGGUCAAUUGACAGAAGCCGUCAGAAGAAAGCCUCAUGCAGUCCUGUUAUUCGAUGAAUUUGAAAAGGCUUGUCUGAUAUCACCCAUGGGUGAGGUCGAGCGCUGACUGUUCUAUAUUAGGCUCAUAAGGAUAUCUCCUCGUUGCUCCUUCAGGUCCUUGACGAAGGCUUCCUAACAGAUGCUCAAGGUCGGAAGGUCGAUUUCCGUUCCACUAUCAUAGUUCUCACGUCCAACCUCGGCCAAGACAUCCUUAUCAAUGAUCCAUCCUCAGACAUCGCAUUAUCCCGAGCUGCCAAGCAGCAGGUCAUGGAUAUCGCGCAGCAUUUCUAUCCACCAGAAUUUCUAAACAGGAUUGACGAAUUUAUAAUUUUCCGGAGACUCUCGAAGGGUGCUAUUCGGGAUAUUGUUGAUAUUCGAUUGAAGGAAUUGCAGGAAAAGCUUGACGAUCGCCGGAUCAAACUAGACAUAGAUGUUAAAGCGAAGGAUUGGCUCAGCGAGAAGGGCUACGAUGUUCGAUACGGCGCAAGACCCUUGAACCGCCUUAUUGGCAAGAAAUCGUUGAACCCUUUGGCGGAGCGAUUGAUUCGCGGAGAAAUAAGGAAUAGUGAGGUAGCCAGAAUCAGGGUUGCACCGGCCGGAACAGAAUUGAAGUUUUCCCAAAUCACGAUUCCUCUACUACCCCCAAUCAGUAUUAAAAAUUGA